AUGGCGAUGACGAGACACCCCAGCUUCGUUUUUUUGUUCUGUGGGAUAUUUUUGCCCGGAACCCUUGGUUUUCCACAGACAAAUACCUCAAUUGAUUGUGAUUCUCUGUUACCAAACUAUGAAGCUGUCCCACAGACAUCUGCACCACCCUAUAUUAUUGCUGUAUCUUUUGAUAACUUUGAGCCAGGAAACGAAGUCCAAGUGACUCUGGAAGCACUUCAAGAUGUUGGGUUUAAAGGAUUUAAUCUACAAGCUCGAGAAAUAGAUGGAGAUGUUCCUGUUGGUACAUUUAAAAUUACAGAUCCAAACACUAAAGGCAUGGAGUGUCAUAACGUGACGAAUUCAGCAGUAAGUCAUGCCAAUUCAGAUGUGAAACAGAAAGUUACAACAACAUGGAUUGCUCCCCAUGGUGUUAAAGAUCUUCAAUUUAUUGCAACUGUUGUUCAAGAUCUAGAGAAAUUCUGGGUUGGAAUUCAAAGCAAAACUCUCACACCUACACAUUCUGAGUCAGUUAAUGGGACAGGAAAAAGUAAAAGGAAGGUUAUGAUAGCACUAGAAUGUAAGAAGCUUGGGGGGACUUACACAACACAAGGCGGAUGCGUCAUGGUUGGACCUUCCAGUUCCUCUCAGAGCAGCUAUUCAGGCAGUCCGAAUGCAGUAGUCUACACAAUAAGCAAGAAUGGAUGUGGCCCUGUAAGCACUUCUCUUACUUUUGCUUUUUUGUCCCCUAUAAACUAUAUUUAUACUAACUCCUAA